AUGCAGGUGGUCAAUUCGGGUGAGAAAGUAAUUUCACAAGAAGAUCGGUCCAAUGAACCGGAAGAAGGAGAAAAAGUGGAAGAUUUGAAGCCUAAUUCGGGUGAAAAUAAUCCCAAGAAUAUUGAUGAUGAGUCGGUGAUCGAUGUUUCGGGCAGAAGUCUGGAUUUUCCCGUACUGGAGGGUACGGAAAAUUCGAUUGAAGGGUUAUAUAUUUACAAAAACGUAUUCAAUUUGAUUCCCAGGGCUGUGGGGGGUUUCGGGAGGUUGAAGACUUUGAAAUUCUUUGCCAAUGAGGUUAAUUUGGUGCCACCGGGCUUUAGGAACUUGGUUGAGCUGGAGUGUUUGCAUGUUAAAGUAUCGCUGCCGGGGUUGAGUGAUUUGAAUUUGGGGAGGUUGAAGGGUUUGAAGGAGUUGGAAUUGAGUAGGGUGCCUCCGAGGCCAUCGGCUUUUCCCAUUUUGGGUGAGAUUGCUGGGCUGAAGUGUUUGACCAAGCUCUCUGUUUGUCAUUUUUCUAUCAGAUACCUGCCUCCAGAAAUCGGUUGUCUUAAUAAUUUGGAGUAUCUGGAUCUUUCAUUUAAUAAAAUGAGGAGUCUACCGAGUGAAGUAACUCAUUUGAAUGCAUUGAAGUUAUUGAAAGUCGCUAAUAAUAAAUUGGUAGAACUACCUUCAGCGCUGUCCUCUCUGCAAAAAUUGGAGAGCUUGGACCUGUCAAACAAUAAGCUGACGUCUUUGGGGAGUCUUGAACUUGGCUCAAUGCAUAACCUUCAGAGGUUAUAUCUUCAGUUCAAUAAUCUUCGCAGUUGUUGUCAAGUACCUUCAUGGAUAAGCUGCGACCUAGAAGGAAAUGGUAAAGACACAUCCAAUGAUGAAUUCAUCAGUUCUUCAGUGGAAAUGGAUGUAUACGAAGGUGCCAUCCAGGAGAUUCAUGAUAGUGCUCGAAUCAGUUCCCCUAUUACAUUGUCGAGCCAUUUAAGUGGAGCCUCAUCCAACAGUAGAUGUAUGGCGUCUCGAAGGUCAAAAAAGGGAUGGAAGCGACAGUAUUAUUUCCAACAGAGAGCUCGCCUAGAGCGUUUAAACAGUAGUAGGAAGUGGAAAGGUGAUAAUCAUGCUGAGGCAUCAACUGCCGAUGAAUCUGAAAAAUGCAAACGAUGCAAACAUGCUAUCCUUGCUUCUGACUCUCCUGCAGAAGGUUUAUCUGAUGUUGUAGGUCCUAGUAAUGAUAGUGAAGAAUUGCUUUCUGGAGGAGAUGAGUCUGGAAAUUUGCUUCCCGAUGGCGAGGAGGAUAAAAAAGGUUAUCACGUGCAGAAAUGCUCAUGUGUUGUACUUGACUCUGUUGGCAUAGCUAAAGAGGGUGAGAGUGACUGCACAAAGCAUCAUGCCUCUUUGGAUUCUCUUUCAAGCGAUUGUGGUGGGAAGGAAGAAGGCUCAUCGUCAGAAGUUUCUAACACUAAUCUAAAAUCAAAAAGGCAUCUUGAUAGGGACCUUGAUAAUCCAAAACCAAGCAAAUCUCGGAGGCCAAGCGACUUUCAGUUAGAUAUAUCUUGCAAAUAUAGUAACACAUCAUUUUGUAGCAUUGAGGACCUUCUGCCAGAUGGAUUUUAUGAUGCAGGACGAGAUCGGCCAUUCUUGCCGCUGAUGAGUUACGAGCAAAACUGGCAGUUUGACUCACGCGAGGUCAUUCUUGUUGACAGGGAAAGAGAUGAGGAGUUGGAUGCCAUUUCAUUGUGUGCUCAAGCUUUAGUGUUUCAUUUUAAGCAGAUUAAUGGUUCCACCAAUAAAAGGGGAGAGGAUACUAGUGACAACUUGCAGGUUGCAUCGCUGCUUGCUCUUUUUGUAUCCGAUCACUUUGGAGGCAGUGAUAAAAGUGCAGUUGUUGAGAGGACCCGAAAAGCUGUAUCUGGUUCAAACUAUAGGAAGCCUUUUGUCUGCACUUGCCCUACUGGAAACAGUGAGAGUGUCCCAAAAUCCACAAAACGGAGUUCAGAUACAGAAGACAUUUUUUUCCUUGGUCUCUGUGAGAAAUCUCUUCAAACGAUUAAAGCAAGAAGAAAUUCCAUUGUAGUUCCUAUUGGAACUCUACAGUUUGGUGUGUGUCGACAUAGAGCGUUGCUCAUGAAGUACCUAUGUGACUGGAUGGUGCCUCGGAUACCUUGUGAGCUUGUUAGGGGUUAUCUAGAUUUCUCACCGCAUGCAUGGAAUGUAAUUUCAGUUCAGAAAGGUAAUUCAUGGGUUCGCAUGAUAGUUGAUGCAUGCCGUCCACAUGACAUAAGAGAAGAAACAGAUCCAGAAUAUUUUUGCAGGUAUGUUCCUUUGAGUCGGAUUAAUGGCGCACUUAUGACAGAUAGCGAAUUCAGUUCAGGUCGUACCUUCCCCUCCCUUUCUGAAUGUGAUGAAAUUGGAAAAGCAGCACCUAGUACUCUCAUCCAAUGCAAGUUUGGGGCACUUGAGGCUGUAGCUAAGGUGCAUACUAUGGAAGGAUGUGGGACUUCUGCAGACGAAAUUAAGAACUUUGAGUUCAAUUGUCUCGCAGAAGUAAGAAUUUUAAGUGCUUUGAAGCACCCUUGCAUUGUUGAAAUUUAUGGUCAUCAAAUAUCUUCAAACUGGGCCUUGUCAUUAGAUGGAAAGCCAGAGCAUCGUUUGUUACAGUCUGCUAUCUUCAUGGAGUACAUAAAAGGGGGAUCCUUAAAGAAUUAUGUAGAGAAGCUAUCUAGAGCUGGUGAAAAACAUGUCCCAGUGGAGUUGUUAUUGUGUAUUGCUAGAAAUGUGGCAUGUGCACUGGCAGAGCUGCAUUCUAAACACAUUAUUCAUCGUGACAUAAAGAGUGAGAACAUUUUGAUUGACCUGGAUAAGAAGAAAUCUGAUGGUACGCCUGUUGUGAAGCUUUGUGAUUUUGACAAAUCAGUCCCCCUUCGUUCUUGCUUGCAUACAUGCUGUAUUGCUCAUCUUGGAAUACCUCCGCCUGAUAUGUGUGUUGGGACACCUCGUUGGAUGGCUCCAGAGGUGUUUCGAGCUAUGCAUAACCGCAAUGUUUAUGGUUUGGAAGUGGAUAUUUGGUCAUUUGGGUGCGUGCUGUUGGAAUUGUUGACUUUGCAAGUCCCAUAUUCAGGGUUACCAGAUUCAGACAUUCAUGAUCUUCUUCAGAUGGGAAAACGGCCGCAACUAACAGAUGAGCUGGAGGCAUUGGGUCAAUCUGGCACAGAGCUGGAGGAUCCUGCAAUGGCUCAAUCUGGCACACAGCUUCAGGGACCUGAGGCUGAGUUGGGAACUCUAAAAUUUCUAGUUGACUUAUACCACCGGUGUACUGAGGAGAAUCCAGCUAACCGUCCAACAGCUGAAAACCUGUACAAUACGUUGCUUGCCCAUGCAAGCUCUGUCACAGGUUCAAAUCUAGAUCAAGAGUAGGUUUUCCUUUGGGUAUAAAUUCUUCCACAAUCCACAGUUUCGCUGCCUAGGAUGUUUUAGAGUUACACUAGAUUCUUUGUCCCUUUCAGGACCAAAUAUUGGUGCUUACACCGGGUCAUCGUAACAGUGUUUUAGUUUCUACAACCCUCCACAAUUUAUUUUUCCUUUUAUGAGUACUAUCUAGGGGGAUCCCACACACUUUCUACUUAGGUUUUGUUGUUCACUGUUUGGGUAGCUAGGUUAGAUUUGGGUUGUGCAAUAUGUAAUCUAAGCCUUGUUAGUUUAUAAUGAACAUUGUAUUCAUCCUAACUAUAAGUAGUUGUGUCAGUUAUCAAAACACUCCCAAUUUUCCAGCUUCAAACUUACUUUUGAUCAUGGUGUUCAAUAUAUUCGUA